AUUGAAUCCAUGAAUUACUGAUUUGUGGCCCCUGCAUAAAUUCUCACUCUGUAUGAACAGAUCAUUCCUUUCUCCUUUUCUACCCCUCAGCUCCAAAACUCCUAUCCUACGCGUGGCAUUGUGUCUGUGUGUCAAAAGAACAUGGGAAGCAAUCAGACAUGGAUCACAGAAGUCAUCCUGCUGGGAUUCCAGGUUGACCCCAAACUUGAACUUUUCCUCUUUGGGUUCUUCUUGCUAUUCUAUAGCCUCACGCUGAUGGGAAAUGGGAUGGUCCUGGGGCUCAUCUGCUGGGAUUCUACACUGCACACCCCCAUGUACUUCUUCCUCUCAAACCUGGCCAUUGUUGACAUGUCCUAUGCCUCAAGCAUUGUCCCCAAGAUGCUGGCAAAUCUUACAAUGCAGAAGAAAACCAUCUCCUUUGCUCCAUGCCUACUUCAGACUUUUUUGUAUUUGGCACUUGCUGUAACAGAGUGUACGAGUUUGGUGGUAAUGUCCUAUGAUAGGUAUGUGGCCAUCUGUCACCCCCUACAUUACGCUGUCAUCAUGAGCUGGAGAGUGUGCACUAUCCUGGCUGCCACUUGCUGGAUAUUCAGCUUCCUCUUGGCUCUGGUCCAUAUUACUCUCAUCCUGAGGUUGCCCUUUUGUGGGCCACAAACAAUCGACCACUUUUUCUGUCAAAUCAUGUCCGUAUUCAGAUUGGCCUGUGCUGACACUACACUCAACCAAACUGUUCUCUUUGUGGGCUCUGUGUUUGUUUUAGUCGGGCCCCUCUGCCUGGUGCUGGUGUCCUACACGUGCAUCCUGUUCGCCAUCCUGAGGAUCCAGUCCUCGGAGAGCCAAAGAAAGGCCUUCUCCACCUGCUCCUCCCACCUCUGCGUGGUGGGGCUCUUCUUUGGAAGUGCCAUUGUCAUGUACAUGGCCCCCAAAUCCCGCCAUUCUCAAGAACAAAGAAAGAUACUAUCAUUGUUUUACAGCCUUUUCAACCCUAUGCUAAACCCACUGAUCUACAGCCUGAGGAAUGCUGAGGUGAAGGGUGCCCUGAGGAGAUUUCAGAGGAAGAAGACAUCAGUGUGAGAGAGGGUUUGGAGUAUUCCAAGCCUGUGAGUUUUCCUCAUGGUUCUGGGUCCUUGAAUGCCCUUCUGAGUCCCUUAAUUUAACAAACUCA